AUGGAAGAGUUUGGUACUUCUUUUUAUUUUAAUAAAAAAUCACAACAAGAUAUUUAUAAUAGUUGUAGUAUAAAUUAUAAUAAAAUUAAUAAUGAAGCAAUUGAUAAUAGUAAUAAAACAAUUACAUCCUCACCAUCACCAUCACCAUCACCAUCACCAUCACCAUCACUAUCACCAUCACCAUCACCAUCACCAUCACUAUCACCAUCACCAUCAUCUUCUUCACCAUCACCAUAUAAAGUAUCAGUUGAAAAAGAUCAAGAAUCAAUUAGAAUAGGUAAAAAAAGAAAAACUAAUAAUCAUGAUCCAAAUAGUUAUUGUAUGGUUUGCUGUCGUUUACGAACUCAAUAUUUUUCACAUAUUGCUAGUAAACAUUAUGGGGUUGAUAUUAAUAAAGUAAUUAUGGAUCAUUAUUUAAAAUAUCCAAGAUCAUCAUACUUUUUUGACAAAAAUGAUAUUUUUAUUGAUUCUGAUGAAAAAACUUUUUUACAAUGUUAUGAAUGUUUACAAUUUCAACCAUUAUCAAAUUAUAAAAAAAAUACAUAUAAAAUGUGUAUAAUGUGUUUUUAUAAUAAUAUUAAUUUUUUUUUUCAUAAUAAUUACACACACAGAUUUAAAAAAGGUACACUUUAUACUGAGACAGUUGCUGCAAGAGCACUUACAAAAUCAAAAAAACAUUUAAAACAAGGUAGAAGAGGAACUUAUAGUUUAACUAAAAAAGCUUUAGAAAAGAUCUGUGAUGAUUUUCAAAAUAGAUGUGCCUUUACCAUGGUCGAAUUCGUUAAAAGAUCUGAUAAGCUAAACUCACUCUCCGAAAAUAGAAUAGAUAAUAGUAUCACCUAA